UAGCUUCCCACAUGCUCUAACCGGCUCUGAGAACAGAAACAAGCAGGGGAUGAAGAGGGAAGCAGAGACGUGCUGAGGAAAGAGGAGGAGGGGACCGGCUGAGCAGAUCCUGGGUGAGGAGCCCCCAGCCCCGGGGCUGGCGGCGGCUGGAGACCCCCAGGGCCAUGCGGUUCCCGUGGGCUCUGCUGCUGCUCUGCGCCCCAGGUUCAUUGUCUCUGCGCGGCCCCAGGAACGUGACGGGCACCGAGGGCGGAUCCCUGAGCGUGUCGUGCCAAUACCGGGAGGAGUAUAAGAGAUUUACCAAAUACUGGUGCCGACAGCCAUGCCUGCCAUUGUUCUCUGACACCGUGGAGACCAGCACCUCGGGGGAGGAGGUGAGGAGCGGCCGAGUGUCCAUCGCGGACCAUCCCGGAAACCUCACCUUCACCGUGACCUUGGAGAACCUCACUGCAAGUGAUGCGGGAAAGUACAGGUGUGGAAUUUCCACGAUCAUGGUGGAAGAUGGGCUUCUUGGCAUCUUGCCUGAUCCCCUUUUCCAGGUUCAAGUGUUUGUUUCCGCAGCCUCCAGCAGCAACAUCCAUUCAGGGACACCCGGACCUCCCAGCCAAGACCCAGGGUCCCUGCUCAGCAGCGUCCACUUCCUGCUCCUCAUAUUCCUGAAGGUCCCCCUGUUUCUGAGCAUGCUCAGUGCCGUCCUCUGGGUGCACAGGCCGCAGCGGGCAAUUUGCGGGCGAACGCAGUCCGACUAAGACAAGCCACAGCCGUCCUUGCCCAGUGAGCGAUGUCCUGUCCAGAGACACAGCCACUCGCACUAGAGAAGAGGGAACCUCUGACCCUGAACCUUACAUCCCUUUUCAACUAAUCGCCAGAGACUUUAAAAACAAACCUUAAAUUUUUUUAAUGCAAUAUGUCACCCAUGCAAAAACAUGUGUGUAAUGUACACGAA